AUCCAGGCAUAUAGUAAAGUACUCACUCUAAGUUCUAACAUAUUUUUCAUUUUUAAGGGGAUAGGAUGUGACUUUGUGGGGGUAUUUCCAUGGCCGACUUCAAUGCCAGUAGCAUCCCUUCUUCUACAUUCUAUCUUACUGGAAUUCCUGGUUUUGAGACAAUACAUCACUGGAUCUCUAUCCCCUUCUGCAUCCUCUACUUUAUUGGAAUAACAGGUAACUGCACCAUCCUUCAUGCUAUCUGGACUGACCCAAGCCUCCAUGAACCUAUGUACUAUUUUUUGGCCAUGUUGUCCUUUUCAGACAUGGGCAUGUGCCUUCCUACCCUUACAUCUGUUCUCCGAGUGUUGUGGUCCAUUUCUAGGGAGAUUGAAUUCAACACUUGUGUGACCCAGAUGUUUUUCAUUCAUGCCUUCUCCUUCACAGGAUCAGGAGUUCUCCUAGCAAUGGCCUUUGAUCGCUAUGUAGCUAUCUGCCAUCCCCUAAGGUAUGCCACCAUCCUUACUCCACAACGUAUUGCUAGAAUUGGAAUAUUUGCUUUUCUUCGGAGCUCCCUCCCUGUCAUUCCAUUGAUGAUUCGGCUGGCAUACCUCCCAUUUUGUCAUUCCCAUGUCCUUUCUCAUUCUUACUGUCUGCAUCAGGAUAUAAUACGCCUGGUUUGUGCAGACACCAAAUUCAACUUUAUCUAUGGGUUACUUCUGGUCACUCUAUUUUGGGGAUUAGAUUCUCUGGGCAUCUUGGUGUCUUACAUCCUCAUCCUUCACUCUGUGUUGAGCAUUGCCUCCUGGGAGGAGAGGCUAAAGGCCCUGAACACAUGUGCUUCCCACAUCUGUGCUGUUCUCAUCCUCUACGUGCCCAUGAUUGGCCUCUCCAUUGUUCACCGUUUUGCCAAGCAUGCCUCUCCCCUUGUGCAUGUCCUCAUGGCUGACAUAUACCUACUAGUGCCUCCUGUUCUCAAUCCCAUCAUCUACAGUGUGAAAAAUAAGAAAAUUCGUAGGGGGAUCCUUCACCUGAUCACCCACAAGAGAAUCCACUCAACCUUGAGGUAAAGGCUAAGAGAUAAUCCAAUGAAACGUGUCAUAGUGAUAAUCUGAGAAGAACACUGGAAAGUAUAGAAGUUUCAUGAGUAUCAGUCAUCCCAGCUCCUCAUGUAUGCAAAGAUACUCAUGCAAUUUACAGAAAAUCAUACAUGCAUAAACAAUUACUUAUAUGGUAUAUGUAAGAAGUAAACUAAAUAGAAAUAAUAGUAAAGAAAUGUAAGAAUAAAGUCACCAUCUAGAAUCAUUCAGAUAGUCUUA